AUGGGGUCCUACAAAUGUGCUAAGUACUACACUCAGGGCCUCCAGUGCGGCCCAGAGCUCCACCUGUCCCUUCUGCAAGGCGCUCAGCACAGCUUCGCCCUGUCCCUGACACUGACCCUGUCCCUGACACUGACCCUGGGAGCCUCUAGCAUGGCUAUGCAGUGGUUUCCAGCUGUUGGGAUUCUUCUGGCUGUUCCAGUCCUGCCCCUGCCUUUUGCUCACGAAGACCCUGAUGAGUCUCCUUCAGCCUCUGACCCAGCAGACCUGCAAGCUGGCAGCAAGACGCCUCACCAGCGACCCAAGUUCCACAGAUUCCCUUACCCAGGGAAAUCUGGGGGCCGGCAGGUCCUCGAAGCCGUGUCCUGGGAUCCCCUCCCUCGGCCCACUCCUGGGGGAAGUCCUGUCCCAACCCUCUCAACAGUGACCAAGGCUGCAGCCUAUAGGACCCCAGAGCCCCAGCCCCGGGUCCCAAUGGUGCCAGGAUCCCAGGACUCAGCCUCCUCCAUGCCAGGAGUCGGUCACGUGACCCGCUCCGUGACUUUCCGGGUCACCGGUGGAGCCUCGUCUGAUGCUCUGGGAAGCCCCGCAUCUGUGCCACAACAGCAGCUGCGUGGGGACCUCUGCCACCAGAUCCAGUCUAUCUAUCACUUGGACUUUCCCAAUUUCGAGGGUGUUGGUGUCCUGGUGUUCAGGCCUGACUCUGAAGAUGUAAACGCCACCUUGGUGUUUGGGGGCUCAUCCGGGCCCUCGGCGCACCAAGUCCUCUGGACUAUGUACCGCUGGGUCAAGAUGUCCAGGUGGAUGCUGGGAAGUGUGUCUCUGGCUGAGGACAGCCUGGCCUCUGAUGGGUCCAACCUGACCGACCUGGCUCUGGAGACCAUCAGCAUCCACUUCACAGUCCUGAGGCCCUUCCUGCCCCAGCUCCUCUCGCCUGGUUCUAAGCCCUUCAUCCUGCUAGAGAAACAGAUUCUCCAGUGGCUCACACCGCUGGUGUCCGGAUUCUAUAAGAAGCACCCUCAAAAAGGGCCCCUGCUCCUCUUCAGCGACCUCGACCAAUGGGUGAGCGUCGACAUGGAAUACAAAUUCCACAGCCCUGUCCCCACCCACCUCCGAGGCCUGGCCAAUCACCUGGCCCGCAGCAGCACAGACCCCGCCCUCCUGAAAUCCAGCUUAGAAGCCAACGAGGAGAAGGCCGAGCUGGAGGUGUAUGAGCUGUGGCUCCUGAUAGGGGGCUGGCCCUUCACCAAGGCCUUGCAGAACAAAACCAGCCCCGAAUUCCAGAAGCUUCAGCAGCAGCUGACCGGAUGGAUGACCCCAGGCCUCAGGACUCUGUGGAACUUUGCUCAAGUCGUGGUGCAGGAGUUCUGGCCAGAACCACCGACUGCCAAAGUGGAGGCCAUCUUCUUCCAGGCGGCCCCACCCCGGGGCCUCAUCCAGGAAUCCGUGCGCAGGGCCCUGAGAUGUGCACCGGAAGCCGAGGGCCUCUGGGUGGAGGUGACUGGCCCAGACUGCGGCGCCCCCGGCUCCACAGCCUCCAGUCAGCCUAGACCUGGAGUCCCCAGCCCCCCGCUCUGUGUCCUGCAUGCCAUUGUCACCAUCACCUUGGUAGGAGUGGGAAGGGACCUGCACUUUGGGGAGACCCACGAGCAAGUGGCCAGAGGCCGGGUGGCCAUUCCUGUACAGACCUGA